AUGGAGAGUCUGAAGCAACUAUUCUAUGACUGGGAAAUCCAGUUACUUGUGAUCUUAAGCUUCACACUACAAUUGUUCCUCUUCUUCGCGGGUAGCCUUCGGCGGUGUAUAACUAGUGGUAUCCUAAGGUUCCUGAUUUGGAUAGCUUAUUUGGGUGCAGACUUGAUUGCAAUUUAUGCCCUCGGCUAUCUUUCACGAUACGAUGACAUACUCAAUGAAAGGCACAUAAGUAGGAAAAACAAAUCAAUGGCUUUGUAUUGGGCACCAUUUCUCCUAAUCCAUCUUGGUGGGCAGGACACCAUCACUGGUUUUGCUAUGGAGGACAACAGCCUGUGGUUGAGGCAUUUGUUGAACCUGGUGACCCAAGUUGUGCUAGCACUAUAUGUUUUCUGGAAGUCCAUUGGAAGGCAGGAUGUGUAUCUUCUAGUUUCUGGUAUCUUUGCAUUCGUUGCUGGGAUUAUAAACUAUUCUGGCACUGUUUGUGUUGCUAUUCGUUCAAUGUCAUAUGUCCAUGGUGUAUUUUUGGCACGCACCUUGUUUGACAACAGCCCUUUGAUCGAAGAUAUGCUAGGAGAUCUAGAAAAAACACUCAAGGUGGUGAGGCUUGAGCUAGGCAUGAUAUAUGAUGAUUUGUACACCAAGUCUCUUGUGCUUAGAACAAGGAGUGGCAUCAUACUUAGAUGUAUCUCUCAGAUAUCUGCUAUUAUUGCUUUUGUGCUAUUCCUUACUUACAAUAAACAUGGUUAUGGUAAAGCUGACAUUGCAAUCACCUAUUCACUGUUUACCGGAGGCUUCUUCCUGGACAUCUUUGCCAUUUUAUUCUCCAUGAUGUCACCAUGGACAUGGGCAUGGUUAAAGGCUCAAAAAUGCGACAAACUCUCCAUAUUUUCAUGGUUUAUUCUUUCUAGUGAUGCCGGAUGGCCGGAGAAGCAGCAAAGAUGGCCAAAAUCAAUGGGGCAGUACAACUUUCGAUGCUUAUUAUCAACUGGGUACCAACCAAGGACACUUAGUCAACGAGUGAUGAAGGCCAUUACAAAUUUAAUAAAAUUGCUUGGUAUUGAGAAAAAGAAAGUAUUUUGGAUGAGCAAGCUGCUAGACACGGAGCAAGUGGAUGUGGGCAUGACGAUGAUGGAACACGUUGCGAAGGAAGUCCGAGUCUUACACGAAGAACUGUACCUCGGAGAAAAACACAGGGAGCCUCGUGAAUGGCCGAGGCUUGGCCUACUGCUGGAGAGGACACAAGCUCGAUUAGCCUCGGAUUUUGGUUUUACUAUCAUCUUCCUGCACAAGCUAACCGAGGUACACUUAAAUAGAUGUCCCCAACAUACUAAUCCAGACACUGAGACAACCACUGAAUCCUCAUAUUUACCCACUGAUCAAGUGGAGAUCUGUCGAAAACUAUCCAACUACAUGAUGUACCUUUUGGUUGCCAACCCUUCCAUGCUGCCUCUCUCUACCAGCGCGGUGGCCACGCUGGAGAGCUCUCAGCAACCUCGAGCAAUGGACUUGCUGCUCAUAGAGGAAUCGCUUGAGGAGUUCAGUGUCAUGCUGGACAAGGAGACGCUGGAGGAGAUGAUAGCACUGUGGCUGAGGCUGCUCAUUUUCUCUGCUGGCAAGUCAAGGGUGGAGAUGCAUGCAGCUCAGCUGAGUAGAGGAGGGGAGCUCAUCACCUUCACCUGGCUGCUCAUGGUGCACUACGGGAUAGGGGAUUCCCAGACUAGAAGGGUUCAGAUAACCAAUGAUAAUACUGGGAAUUCCGACGUUAGGGAGGCAAAUGCCAUGAAUGUUCCUGCACCAAAUCGUCGACCAACAAGAGCGUAG